CAUGCUGUUAUCCGAUUAUAUUACGCAAUUAUAUUUCUCGAAUAUAUAGUUUCUAUAUAAAGUGGGGGAAUAUCCCUUUAGGAGAAUCGAUGUCUCUUCUUGUCGUCGAUGCUUCAUUCAGUUUUGUAUCAAACAAUCUCCCAAGCAGUUUAGUUGAAUGAAACGUGACAAAACAGUUUUUUUUUUACUACUAAAACUCGUAAAUUAAAAUUUGAAGAGAAAAGAAAAUUUUUCAAAUAAAUAAUACAGAAAGUGAUAAAAAUUAAAUAAUUUCCAAUUUAUUAGAAUAAUCCGUCAAACUUGUAAAAAAUCAUCAAUUUGUUGUUGACGAAAUUGCAUUCAAAAUGCAGUUACAUUUUUUACUGCAAACGGAAAAUAAAUUUCAAACAACCAAAAACCCAGAUUUUGGAAAUGUAAUAUGAGAGCAGUGGCAAAGCAAAGGGACCUACGUUAAAUGGAGUCUUGUUGGAAUAAAAAAAAGCGGAGAAGAAAACAUUGUGACAAUUGGACAUGAGGAAUCACAUUUUAGAAAUUUUCUUAGUAUUAAUUUUUCAUUUUCACAAAAGUCAUGGAGCUACAUUUUCAGACGCCAUUUAUCAAUUAUUUCAAUCAGGCAGAGAAGAUACCAUUGAAAAUGGUAUAUUUUAUCCUAGAGCCGAAAACGAUAUUCGAAGACAACCAAAGAUUCUCCUAGAAAUUCCAUUUCCCUGCAAAGUUCGAGGAGGAAGAUCCUCAAGCCCACCAACAAGUGUUCAUAAAUUGAGACCAGGCGAUAUUGACAUUGUCGCUGGUUUGGGAGAUUCUUUGAUGGCCGCAAGUGGUGCAAUGGAAGAAUAUGCAAUUGGUGCUUUUAUCGAGGCUCGCGGUGUCAGUUGGUCUAUCGGCGGUGAGGGGAAUUGGAGAAAUUAUCUAACAGUACCAAAUAUACUCAAGGUUUUCAAUCCAAAUUUAACGGGAUAUUCCACGGGAACUGGUGAAUUUAUUUCAAAAAAAGCGGGACUUAAUAUUGCGUUUCCAGUAGCGGCCACGAUUGACAGUUUUCAUCAAGCCAAAAUUCUAAUCAAUCGAAUGAAGAGCGAUCCUAAUAUUGAUAUUCAAAAACAUUGGAAGAUGAUCACAAUAUUUUUUGGAGCAAAUGACGUUUGUUCAGCGCAAUGUUUUAAUCCCAAGGAAUUCUCGCCAUCAAAAUAUGCCAUAAAUUUAAGGAAAACUCUAGAUUUUCUUAGAGAACAACUACCUCGUACUCUGGUUAAUUUAAUGCCAACAAUUGAUGUUACCGUAUCUCUUAGAACUGCUCGAAGUGUUAUGUGUAAUCUUUUGCAUCCUCUUUAUUGUUCUUGUUUGCAUAAAGGAAAACGUGCAGAUAUUCACGCUUCCAAAAUUUCACAAAUGUUCCAACAAACUGCUGAAGCUUUAGUCGCUUCUGGGAGAUACGAUAGAACUGAAGAUUUUACAGUGGUUUAUCAACCAUUUAUAAAAUUAUUUAACACCCCAAAAUCAAAUGUAAACAAUGCAGCUAAAAUUGAUUCCACUUUGAUCACUUAUGACUGCUUUCAUCUUAGCCAAAAAGGACACGCACUUGGUGCAAAUCUUCUUUGGAACAAUAUGUUGGAGCCAGUUGGAAAUAAAACAGAAAUGGGAUCACCAAAAAUUUUUGAAACAGUAUUGUGUCCCAGUAAAGAAAGGCCAUAUAUCUUUACAAAUAUUAACUCGAAACUUUAUUUCGAAUACGGAAGUCAAGAACCGAGAUAAGAUUAUACUGUACACUAAUUUAUUUAAAAAAAUCAACAAUAGAAAAUAAAAAUUUCUACAUUUUAUUGAA